CAGCCCCUACAGCUCCCAGCAUGCAAAGCGGCGGGGAGACCGCGCGGGCAGCCCUGGAUGCCCGCGAGCCCGGGGAGCGCGGCGCGGCGCUGCGGCCAUUCCCGCGCCGGGCCCCUCUCGGGCGCCAGGACCGCUGCCACGCGGGCUUCCGAUCGCCGAUUCAGUCUCCAAGGUCCUCCCCAUCAGUUGGAAUCAACAAGGAAACCCUACAGGGUGAAAUUAAAGAGCUGAAAGAGAAGGACCUCGCUCUGGACCAGGAAAUUGCACAGUUAUUGGCUGAAGGCUACAGCCUGGAUGAAUUGGAGAAACACAUCUCUCUGCUCCAUGAAUACAAUGAUAUUAAAGAUGCUGGACAGAUGCUGCUGGGCAAGCUGGCUGUGAUCCGAGGACUUACCACAAAGGACCUCUAUCCUGAAUUUGAUCUAGAACUCAGUGACUAGCACUGAUAUGGAGGACUACAGUUUCCUUUAGCUAUUGGACCUUUGUACGUAGGUGACUGAUACAUUCGGAACCUGUAUACCAGGGCAAUAAAUACGUAGACUUUCAAGGGUGCUGUCUACCGCCUUAGAUCUGUGAAUAACUGAAUUCUAGAACACAAAAGCUAUUGAAUUAAUUGCCUGUUUUCAGGGAAGGAACAUCCUUCUCUUCUGGAAUGAGGAUGUUUUGGGUGAUGUCAGUUUUUGACUUCUCUUCUUGGUGAGAGUUAAAAAAAAAAACAAAAAACCAAACAACUUACGGAAGAUUGUAAUUCAGAGUUCAUGUUAACCCCUUUCCCAGCUGGCCCUCACAUCUGGACAAUGUGACAAGGGUUACUGGGAGGAUGGAAUGAGACAGCAGUUGUUGGUAAGUGGGCAGAUGAAAGGCCAGAAGGACUGGGGGAACAUGCAGUGUGACAGGUUAAAAAAACACUAAGUAGGAAAGGACCUGCUGAGAGUAAUGUGCUUGUAGGCCUUACCCUCAUGUUGUGGGUGUUCAGCCUCUUAAGUGUCCCACUGGAUUGGGUUCUAGAAGGCAGUUAUGGUUGUGCAUUAUUUGUAAUAUUAAAUAAAUGGAAAAGCCUGAACUUGUGUUAAGGUAUCUAAUUUGAAUAAGUUGGCUCGUGUUUCUCAGCCACUCCCUUUACCAGCCUGUAGAGAUGCUAAGGAGAAUGCUAUCAUGUUCCCUGGUAGUGAACUAACUUGUAGACAGACACUUCCCGAGAGGCAGCAACGGGGUCAGUAUUAGCACCAACGCUGCUAGCUGCAGGCAACAGUGGACACAAGGAGAGACCCUCUCCUGAUUUCCAGGUGCCUGGCUGCAGCUAACUUCAGCAGCAUCUUGAGAUGAGCAAAACUUGUAGCAGAGAAUAUUAACGCUGCAAAGUAGGGCAUUAGAGUUGAUAACUUUAUGUUUUGGCAUUUUUUUCCUGUUACCUUGAUGCUUUCCCCUUCUGCCUAUGCACUCUGCUAGGGACCUAAACUCCAUGGAUGGAGUCCUGCAGAAAAGUCAUGUGAUCCAGGGAUCCCGGUUUUCUCUGAUAAAACCCCCAAAACUCUCUGAUUAAAAUCCCUGUUUUUCCAUGAUUAAACUGAAAUGCUACUCUAUAUAGGUAUCGGUUGACUACAAUGUUUUAUUGAUAAAUUUACAGUUCUAAAGUAAUUUGAAAGCCUACUGGUGCCUUAAUCAUUAUAAAAAUUUUUACAUACCUGUA